CGUGCCGUAUUGUCACGUUGUCAACAAAAAUCUCAGGGCUGAUCUUCCCAGUUCUGUUUGAGUGAGUUGGAGUGAGUGUCACUGGUGACUGUAUUCCGUCAGUUCCAAGGAAGAAAGGCAGGAGACCCGUUGACCCGUCUUUUUGAGAACCCCUUGCGAUUCGUUUGCAGUAUGACUACUAAGCGUGAACAACCCGCAUGGCGCCCUCCGGCCAACGAAGCCCAACCCCGUUUGCAUUUGUUUAACAGUCUAACUCGACAGAAGGAACCCUUUGUACCGCAGAAUGGUAACCGAGUCACGUGGUACAACUGCGGGCCCACCGUGUACGAUGCCUCACAUAUGGGCCACGCCCGAACCUAUUUGUCAUUUGAUAUCUUGCGCCGGGUGAUCCAGAACUAUUUCGGUUACAAUGUGUUCUACGUGAUGAACAUCACGGACAUCGAUGACAAGAUCAUUCGGCGAGCCCGUCAAGGCCAUCUCUUUGACGAGUAUGUGGCUCAAAACCAUGACAGUUCCAGGAUCUUGGCUGAUUGUCAACAAGUCUCGCAAGCGUUUGUGGAGGUGCUCAAGGCUACUGUGGAUCCGGAUAAGAAGGCCAUGCAAGAGCGUCAAUACAACAAUUUAUUGGCGGCUUUGAAGGAUAUGGAUGCUGCGGCGCAAAGCGUCGAUGCCGCCCAAAUCAAGGUCAACCAAGAGCGUUUGUUAAAUGAUGCCAAAGAUCUCUUGGGUGAUUGGCUGGAUCAACAAUCGGGAGCCGGAAUCACGGACAAUGCCAUCUUCUCUAAGUUGCCUAAAUAUUGGGAGGAAAAAUAUCACCAAGAUAUGGACGCAUUGAACAUUUUGCCCGCAGACUGCUUGACUCGCGUGAGUGAAUACGUCCCCGAGAAUGUAGCAUUCAUCGAAAAGAUCAUCCAGCGAGGUUUCGCCUACGAGUCCAAUGGUUCCGUGUACUUCGAUGUGGCCAAGUUUGACUCGGAAAAGGAUCACUUCUAUGCCAAACUUGUUCCCGGAGCCUUUGGUGAUGCUAAGGCUCUCAAAGAAGGCGAAGGGGACUUGAGCGUAUCGGAAGAUCGCUUGAAAGAGAAACGCUCCGAGAACGACUUCGCUUUGUGGAAGAUGUCCAAACCUGGCGAGCCCUCAUGGGAUUCUCCCUGGGGUAAAGGAAGACCUGGUUGGCAUAUUGAGUGCUCGGUGAUGGCUUCGGCAAUCUUGGGCGAGUCCAUCGACAUUCACACCGGAGGCGUGGACCUGAAGUUUCCCCAUCAUGACAACGAACUCGCUCAAUCCGAGGCGUAUCAUGGCAAUGACAACUGGAUCCGAUAUUUUCUCCAUUCGGGUCAUUUGACCAUUGCUGGAUGCAAGAUGUCGAAAUCUCUAAAGAACUUCAUCACUAUCCAAGAAGUGCUCCAGAAAUAUUCGGCCCGUCAACUUCGACUGAUGUUCCUCAUGCACUCGUGGAAAGAUACCUUGGAUUACAGUGAGAACACUAUGGAAUUAGCUCGAUCCUACGAGAAGACUGUCAACGAGCUCUUACUGGGGAUCAAACAUGUCCUGCGAUCUAGUCCUGGUCACGGAGUAGAAGCCUUCCAAAAGUGGACGGACGAGGAAGUCGAAUUGAAUAAGCAACUGCAAACUUGCUCCGAAGAGGUCCACAAAGCCUUGUGUGAUAACGUGGACACUAGGACCGCAUUAGAAGCUAUCCGCACGUUAGUAACGCAAGUCAACAGCUACAUGGAGCGGUAUGGCAAGACUCCCGGGGGUACUUUGUCAGUGAACCGACAGCUUCUCAAGAGUUGCGCUGUCUACAUCACCAAGAUUUUCGACACAUUCGGUCUGCUAGCCAAACCAGAGGCAAUUGGAUUUCCCUCUGGUGCUGGACAAGGCACAGACGCUGAGGAGAUCGCUAUGCCUUUCCUAAAUGCCCUGGCCGACUUCCGUGACACCGUCCGACAACAAGCCAUUCAAAUCAAGGCCACAGACAUCUUGAAGGAAUGCGACACCCUCCGUGAUGACACUCUUCCCGAAUUAGGCGUUCGCUUGGAGGACAAAGAAAACGAACCGACCGUCAUCAAGUUGGUGGACAGAAACGAGCUGCUGAAAGAGAAACAGGCCAAGAAAGAUAUGGAGGAAAAGAAGCGAUUGGAAAAAGAGAAGGUGAAAGCGGAAGCGGCGGCCAAGAAGGCUGCUUUGGAGGCGCAGAAAAAGAUUCCACCUUCGGAGUUGUUUAAGAGCGACACCGACAAGUAUUCCAAGUUCGAUGACAAGGGCAUGCCAACCCACGAUGUCAAAGGCGAGGAGUUGCCCAAAGCCCAAUUGAAGAAGCUCCAGAAAUUGUUUCAAGCGCAGGAGAAGAAGUAUAAUGAAUAUCUGAAGUCUCAAAGUGAACAAUGAUCGUUUUGUCAUGUUUAUUGUUAAUACAAACACAAUCCAUUGCU